ACACGUUCUAAAAACUUGCGCUCAACAGCUUCCUAGAAACUGGAUCAAAGCACCCCUGAGUCUGUGUACUCUGAGGGUACGUCUCAUUGCCACAGUCCACGGCUGCUGUUUCUUCAGCUGUCUUCUGUAGGAAGUGAAAGAAGAGACAGUGUUACAGGAUAAGGUUGCUGUCAUAAUGCUCCAUUUGCGAAGUCCACAGAUGCUGCAGGUGUUGGAGAACUCUUUAAGGAAACACCUUCCUGAGUCAUUAAAGGUUUAUGGGACUGUCUUCCACAUGAACCAGGGAAACCCAUUCAAGCUCAAGGCUCUGGUGGACAAGUGGCCUGAUUUUAAUACAGUGGUUGUCCGUCCUCAGGAGCAGGAGAUGGCAGAUGACCUUGAUCCCCACACCAACACUUACCAGAUCUAUUCUAAGGAUCCUAAGAACUGUUUGGAAUUCUUGGGCACACCAGAUGCCAUCAACUGGAGGCAACAUCUUCAGAUCCAAAGUUCCCAAUCCAGCCUAAAUGAAGCAAUAAUGGGCCUUGCAGCUGCUAAGCUGGUCAAGGUCAAGAGAACACAGUGUGUUCUCUACAUGAUGCCCCAGACAGCAAAGAAACUGGUUCCUUUCCUGAUGGAGGAUACGGAGAACUUGGAUCAUAAAUCUGGCAGACCCAGGGCUAUCAACCAAGAGAUGUUUAAACUCUCAUCACUAGAUGUUACCCAUGCUGUCUUGGUGGAUAAAUUCUGGCACUUUGGUGGCAAUGAGAGGAGCCAGAGAUUCAUCGAGCGCUGUAUCCAGAGCUUUCCUACCUCAUGUCUUCUGGGACCUGAAGGGACCCCUGUGUCCUGGGCUCUGAUGGACCAAACUGGAGAAAUCCGAAUGGCAGGCACUGUGCCUGAUUACCGGGCACAAGGUCUUAUCUCCCACAUCAUUUAUGCUCAGACUCUGGUUAUGGAUGAACGUGGCUACCCUGUGUAUAAUCAUACAGAAAGAGCCAACAAACUCAUGCAGAAAAUGGGCCAUACUCUGCAGCAUGUCCCUAUGCCCUGUGACUGGAAUCAGUGGAGUUGUGCACCUCUGUAACUCUGGCUGUGUUGGGUGGGCCAUAAUAAAGCUGGAGGAGUGGAUGGUGGACAUGGAGAAAAAUAAAAAUUGUAACAAACAAUAAA